AUGGCCCGAUUAAAGUAUGCAUGUGACAUGGACAAGUCUGUCCUGUUAAAUAACUUUGAGGCCAGAGGUUGGAUACCUGUUAGUCAAGACGAUGACUGGAACUUUUACUGGGCCAAUGUCCAGAGUGUUAGAAACAUUUUCAGUAUAGAUUCUGGAUACAGACUCACAGAUGACCAAAUCAUUAACCAUUUCCCAAACCAUGUGGAGUUAACAAGGAAAGAUCUAAUGGUGAAAAACAUUAAGAGAUAUCGUAAAGAUCUCGACAAGGAAGGGAACCCUCUCGCAGAGAAGGAUGAAUUUGGACGCUACAUACACUUAGACUUUAUUCCCCAGACAUUCAUGUUACCUGCAGAUUAUAACUUGUUUGUGGAGGAAUUUCGGAAAAAUCCCAACACAACAUGGAUUAUGAAGCCUUGUGGGAAGGCUCGUGGAAUUGGGAUUUUUCUGGUGAAUAAAUUAUCUCAGCUGAAGAAAUGGUCGAGGGAUAGCAAAACAAGCAAUUUCACACCACCGACCUCUAAAGACACCUACGUAAUAUCUAAAUACAUUGACAACCCUCUUCUGAUUGGAGGAAAGAAAUUUGACCUGCGUCUUUAUGUGUUGGUGACAUCUUUCCGCCCACUAAAAUGUUACAUGUUCAGGCUGGGCUUCGCUCGGUUUUGUACUGUGAAAUACAACGCCAGUAUUAACGAACUUGACAACAUGUUUGUUCAUCUGACCAAUGUUUCCAUACAAAAACAGGGGGAUGAGUACAAUGCAGUACAUGGUGGGAAAUGGACGAUACAGAAUCUCCGUCUUUUUCUGGAGAGUACUCGUGGCAAAGAUGUUACAGACAAGCUGUUUGAUGAAAUCAACUGGCAGACAGUGCACUCUUUAAAGGCCGUAUCGAAUGUGAUAUCCAAUGAUCGCCACUGUUUUGAAUGUUAUGGAUAUGACUACAUUGUUGAUGACAAUCUCAAGCCCUGGCUUAUUGAGGUCAAUGCUUCACCCUCCUUGACCAGUACAACAUCCAGUGACAGAAUCAUGAAGUACAAACUGAUGAAUGACCUCAUAAACAUUGUCAUACAACCAGGACAGAUGCCAGAUGUACGGUGGAACAGAAUACCAUCUAAAGAUUCAUUAGGAAAUUUUGAUGUUUUGUUUGAUGAGGAACUUGCUCAACAAGAUGCAAUGUCUCAAGAUUCCAAGAAGAUGGGACCUGGUGGACUUUUAAGGGGAUUCAAGGAUGCACGCGGGCGUCCUUCUCCAGCAACAUGGAAAUAAACCAGAGAUCUUAUCAAUAGGGAAACAUGGGAUUCAAGGAUGCACGCAGGUGUCCUUCUCCAGCAACAUGGAAAUAAACCAGAGAUUUUAUCAAUAGGGAAACAUGGGAUUCAAGGAUGCACGCGGGCGUCCUUCUCCAGCAACAUGGAAAUAAACCAGAGAUCUUAUCAAUAGGGAAACAUAUAUAAUGAUACAUUUAUGUAUUGGAUUAUGUUUACAAUCAAAUCUUCUAUAAAUAUAUUCCUUUGAAACCAACUGAAUGUCCUCUGUUAAGAGGCCACCAUUGCUAUUUACUAUAUAGUAUAUGAAAACCUUGUGAUGAGACUAUAUUUGACAUAAACCACAACAGAACAUGGGAUUUUUGGGACAUGAUUUUCAGGAUCUUGUUGGAAUUUAUUGUAGCAGUUAAGAUAGUGUGUUUAUUGUACAUGUAUGUCCAUAAUGGACUUAAAUCCUUAUACUGACUAAAUAAUAAGGUAAUAUUUUUUGACCGGUACUUAAGAUUCAGUCUUUGUUAUGUUUUCAAUCGAACAAUUUUGUCCAUCACAACGGUUAUAUCAAGGUACAGGCGUUGAUUGUGUCAUUAUGAAGCCCAGAUGUCAAAUUCUGGAACAAUUGUAAGAACACAAGCUCGAUUUCUAUCAUGAUAAUUUAAUUUUGCUGGGUUUGUUCAUGGGACUGAUUUUACAUGUAAAGACACAGCAUCAUGUUAUUCAAUUCUUAAUGUGUUUGAUAUGAGUGUUGUUGAAUGAGUGAGAAUUUUAAAAAAGUUUCUGUUGUGCAUAAGAAUAUUUACUGACAUCUGCAUCAAAUCAUGGUAAAAACAUUGUUAUAACUGACAAUCCUCAUUUACUGAUGGUUGUAUAGUGAAUUCUACUGACGUUUCUUUGUCAGGUAGGAGUUGACAUUGUAUUUGUUAAUACUGCAGGGUUCUUCCAGUAAAACAUCUAUUCGAUCCUAGGAGGGUACCACUCACUGAAUUUAGAUAAAUGAUUAGACAGGGUACUGAACCAUGUAUAAGAGUGGUUUAUUUUGGGAGUCCUGGGGUCAGAUAGAUGUUUUACUGGAAUAACCCUGUCUGAGACUCAGAUUCAGCUUAUGGAAGAUCUGAUGGAUGUUAUGAUACAGAACGAAAGUAUAGUUUAUAUCAAAUGAAUGAAAA